AUGACGACGGUGUUGACGUCCAAAUUAGAUACUAUCAACUUUGAAAGUAAGGCGGAAAAAAUAAAACAUGAGUUAAGUCUGUUGGUGUCUGUAGAUAUUUCACAGAUAACCAUUAAGAGGAAUGACACAAUGAAAGUGAAAAUUGAUGAAAUUUUAAGCAGCCUAGAGAAUACUAAUUACGCUUUGGUGAUAGGGAAAGGAGAUAGUAUUGCGAAAUUGGUUUCUAUUGUAGAGAUUGUGAAAAAAAAGAAGGAUUCUCUUAAACAGUACAAUAAGUUAUCGCUGAUAACAGAAGUAUUGAAGACCAAAAGUACUUCGGAUCAGAAAGAUCAAGAGAGCGCAUUGUUAGAAGCUGCGGGCCACACCAAGGUUCAAGAGAAAGCUAUAUUGAGCGUUUUAUUAGCGGGGGAAGAAAAAUUGAACAACAGGGAUUUGGAAGAGAGCGGGUGGAAUGCUCAAUAA